AUGUCAGAUAAUUUCUUUAUAAAAAACAAGACAGCUAUUAUUGUCACUGCAUUGACUGCAUUUUCUGCUGCUGGGGCUUAUUAUUAUUAUACUCAACAGCAAGAAACCGGAUCAGUUAAUAGAUCUGAUAAAUCCAAUAGUCAAGAUUCUUCAUCAACCAAGAAAAAGAGCAAGAAGUCAAAGAAAUCAAAGUCUUCUCCAGAACCAACUACUUCUUCUCAAGAUGAUAAAUCUACUGCCAGUGCUAAAUAUCCAACCGAUUCACAAGGAUUACCAGCAUUGACUGAGGAUGUUAUUUCUAAAUUGCUGGAUGCCGAAAAAGAAGAAUGGGCCAUGCAAUUGAAGGAAGAUGGUAACAACGAAUUCAAGAAUAAAGCAUACAAGAGAGCCAUUGAAUUCUAUAGUGCUGCAUUAGACUUGAAACACGACCCAAUCUAUUAUUCUAAUAGAUCUGCUUGUUACGCUGCUUUAGAAGAUCAUGAAAAUGUUAUCAAGGACACAACCGAAGCUAUCAAAAUGAAACCAGAUUACACCAAGUGUAUUUUGAGAAGAGCCACUUCUUACGAAGUUUUGGAACAAUACGAAGAUGCCAUGUUUGACUUGACUGCUUUAACCAUUUACGGUGGUUUCUCUAACAAAUCCAUUGAACAAGUUUUGGAAAGAGUUUUGAGAAAGCACUCUAUUAAGAUUGUCGAACUGAAACCAAAGACUUUGGCUUUGCCAUCUGCUGCUACCAUUGGAUCAUUCUUUGGUGCUUUUGUCGAAGAAUCCGAACCAGAGGGAAUUAAUGAGAACAGCGAAGGUGGCGCUAAAUUCUUGUACGAUGCUUUACAAAAGAUUAACGCUAACACUCAACAUGGCUACGAAGAAGCUGACACCUUGAUCAACCAAGCUGUUUCUAACUUGGAAGAUGAAGACCCUGUUAAGGCUGUUGCUUUAGAAUAUUUGGCUGCUUUCCAAUUUUUGAAGAAUGACCCAACCAGCGCUUUUGAAUCUAUUGAAAAGGCUAUUUCUUUGAAACCAAGAGCUAGAGCUUACGUGUUUAGAGCAUUGAUUAACGCUGAUAAAUCAUCUUACGAUGCUGCUUUGAAAGAUUUUAAGGCUGCUGAAGACUUGGACAGUGAAUGUCCUGACAUUUUCUACCACUUAGGACAAUUACAUUACUUGACCGGUGAUUUGGCUAAUGCUGAAACUAACUUCAACAAGGCCAAAGAAUUACACCCAGACAAUGUUUAUGCAUACAUUCAAUUGGCAUGUAUCACUUAUAAGAACGGUCAAACUGAUUUGGCCAAUGAAAAAUUCACCGAAGCCAAAUUGAAAUUCCCAACUUCUCCAGAAGUUCCAAACUACUAUGGUGAAAUCUUGGCUGAUAAAGGUGACAUCCAAGGUGCAUGCAAACAAUUUGAAAUUGCUUCUAGAUUACAAGAAAAAUUAGACAGAUUCUCUGUUGGUGCUUUACCUUUGAUUAACGAGGCUACCGUUAUUUCUAGAGAAUCAUUAGAAAGAAUUGGCGAAGCCGAAGAAUUGUUGACCAAGGCUUGUGCCAUUGACCCAAAGAGUGAGUUAGCUAGAAUUUCAUUAGCUCAAAUUAAAUUGCAAAAGGAUGAAGUUGAUGAUGCUGUUGUUUUGUUUGAAGAAAGUAGCGAUUUGGCCAGAUCAAUUGAAGAAAAGAUUCAAGCCACCUCCUUUGCUGAAGCAACCAAGAUGCAAAAGAGAAUUAAGAAUGAUCCAAUUUUGAACAACAAGAUUGCAGAAUUGAUGAGAGGCAGUGGAGCCAUGUAA